AUGGGUAUACUAGGCAAGAUAUCGAGUGCCCUGGCGCCUCCACCCGCAAAGGCCGAUGAUGGACGCGACCAAUGGCCCUCUCGUACCGCUUAUCUCCUUGCCUCUUGCGGAGGCGCUGUAGGGAUGGGAAACAUGCUCCGCUACCCAUCCCAAGUCUACAACAACAACGGUCUACAGUGGUUCGUGCCCUAUCUGAUGGCCAUAUUCCUACUCGCCAUCCCUGCAAUGGCGCUUGAGAUCGCUGCUGGCAACGCCUACCGCGGCGGUACAGUGGUUGCAUACAACUCGAUAAAUAAGCGGCUCAAGGGAACCGGCUUUGCGCUCAACUACGUCGGCUUCGUGGUCGUUACCUAUUUUGUGCCCAUUCUGGCUUGGGCCAUGGUAUACUUCCAAAAGUCAUUUACGAGCCCGCUCCCUUGGGCUGGUGAUACCGAGAACUGGUUCAUGUACGAGGCUGUUGGUUCGGUUGAUCCUGAUACUUCGGGUCGCUGGGUUGUGCACCCUGACGUUUCUCUCGACGGCCGUCUCGUUGGUUGGAACGCCUUUACCUGGUUUACCGUCUGGGUUUGCAUGUUCCGUGGCGUUGGCCUCACUGGACGAGUUGUCUAUGUCACAAUGGGUCUCCCGGUCAUCAUGGCUAUUGUUCUGGUUGGCCGCGGUGCAUCUCUUCCCAACGCAGGAGAAGGCAUCAAGAUGUAUUUCGGCAGCUGGCAUAGCGAAAAGCUUUCUGGCACUAAAAUCUGGCGCGAUGCCGUUGGUCAAGUCUUUUUCUCGACUGGUGUCGGCUUUGGGUACUACACGGCCUACGCUUCAUACAACCGUCGAUUCUCCAACGCGGCACAAGACGCUGUCAUAAUAGUUCUAUUCAACAGCUUCUUCGAGGCAUUUGCUGCCUUUGCUGUCUUUGGAAUCAUUGGAUACCUUGGCAUGAAGCCUGAGGAAACCGGUGAGAUUGGCAGUUAUGGCUUGGGCUUUAUGACAUACCCUGAGGCGUUUGUUGAGAUGCCUGGUUCCAACUUCUUUUCUGUGGUAUUCUUCUUCACCAUCAUGCUCUUGGGUAUCAGCUCUUCGUUUGCUAUGCUUGACGCCGUUAUGACAUUAAUAAUGGACGCCCCAUUCGCCAAGAGAUGGGGACGACCCUGGGUUGCCACCGCUAUGGUCACGAUCUGUUUCCUUGUCUCCCUCCCUCACUGCACUCGAUUUGGGUACUAUUUCAUGGAUGGAAUCGACCGAUGGAUCAAUAAUAUUGGUCUCGUCUUUGUCGUGUGGGCUGAAUGUGUUGGCGCCACCACCUUGUAUCGAUAUCGGGAUGUUGUCGGUCAAGUCGGCAUGCCAUCAUGGGCCUCGUACAAUGGCGGUUUUCUUGGAGGCCAGCUUUUGGGAAUCACCAUUGGCCACACUGUUACACCUUGGGCUGGCGCUAUUGCUGGUUUUGGUGUCUACUUUAUCGGUCUUGCUGCCUCCCUCGUCCUUGGAAAGGCACCAGAUGCAUACGGUGGUCCCAGACUCAUGACCAAAAACAAAAUGAUGUCUGUUUUCUACUACAAUGCUUUCUACUCUGGAAACAUGCUGAGACAUGAUCUUAACACUGUCAUAGGUGUUGGUAAGAACUGGUCUCUCCCCAUCAUCUGGGCGCCCAUGCUCCGGUAUGUUACAGGACCCAUCUUGGCCAUAAUCUUCAGCCUGGCCUACCCCAGCUUUGACGAAGUCAAGAAUGACCCUCUUCACAUUGUCGGAUUUAUCGUUGCGCAUUGUCUCCUUUUGUGGAUUGUGAUUGGUUAUAUUUUCCCUCGCUGGUAUGAUGUUUUUAUUGUUCACGAGCGCCGUGAGGAUUGGAAGCAACCUUAUGCUCCCAAUAUUGCUCGAGGUACGACUGAUGGGCAAGAGGCCACGACAACCACCAUUACCAAGGUCUCAACGUCGGCAACAUCCACCGUUAUCCCAAAGAAGACCGAUCUUUUCUUGACAACCGUGACAGAAACUACCACCAUCGAAGACUCGACCGUGACUACCGCCACCGCCACAUCAUUUACAACAACUGUAACCACCACCACCUCCACCUCCACCAUCCCGGCCCCUGCAGGCUUUACCCCUGCUGGCUCCGAUGUUUCGUACCGAGCAAAGAAGCGUGAAGUGCCUAAACGCUUCUCUCGAGCCAAGACCAGUAUCAACCGCCAAAAGUUGACCCCCAAGGUCAAUGCAAAGAAAUGCGACUAUUUCCCUGCUCUCUACCCACAGGCUGUCAACUGCCGUGAAGUUAUCAAGACUGUCAUCACCAAGACUGUCACACUGAAGCAGUGCAAGAAAACCCCCACGAGGACAGUUGUACUUCCUCGCCGCACCAGUACCAAGGAGACCACCACAACCACAACGAGCACCAGCACCAUUAUUCAAGCCGAUGAAACUCUCACCGUCACGGCCAGAACCCUCGAAACCACAGUAACUACGUCGACAUCCACCACAACGUCUACAACAACCCUCACUGAAACUCAAACCUCGGUUGCACCAAGUGCCACCUUUUACGCUGCCUGCGCUAGUAACAAUCUCGUUUCUGCCACCAACGGAAACCACGGCAUUGAUUCAAUCAACUUCAAUGAUGACACUUCAAAUAACGAUAUUAUUGAAAUUGGCACGUCUUCGGCUUAUACCUGCUGUGUGGCUUGCCAGAUAACUUCAAACUGUAUCUUUUCCGAUUUCGCAUAUGGCGGCUGUCAGCUUGUCAUCGCUUCCUCUUGCAGUCCUGCAGCUACUUUUGGAACGUCUUACCAGACCAACUCGAAUGUCCCAGCCGACAGGGGUGUUGUAAUCAGUAAUGGACCUUGUGGCCGUAUCCAGAACCUAGGAAAUGUUGGAUAA